AUGGAAGCAGUUUCGUAUUCAAUCCCCUCUACCAAUUUCCACAUCCACACCAAAACCACGAAAAUUCAAUCCUCCAAUUUCACUUUUCCUCUUCCUCCAUCCCCAAUUUCAAUCAAGCCUCUCUAUUCUUCCAAACUCCUCAUCCUCCAUCACCAUAAACUCCGUUGCUCCGCCCAAUCCACACACAACCACCACCACCAUAAUCACAAUCACACCGAUCAUAACCAUAACCAUAACCAUCACAAUCACCAUCAUCAUAAUCAUUCACAUGACACCGAUGACGCUAAUCUCACCGGACCUCAAAGAGCGGUUAUCACUUUCGCUAAAGCCACCAAAUGGAUCGACCUAGCUAACAUCUUAAGAGAGCAUUUGCAUCUAUGCUGUUUCUCAACCGCUUUAUUUGUAGCCGCUGCUAUUUGCCCUCACACUUUGCCCAAAUCACUCAUCAAACCCUUCCAAAACUCUCUCAUUCUCGUAGCCUUUCCUUUGGUUGGGGUUUCUGCAUCACUUGAUGCUCUAAUUGAAAUAAGCAGUGGAAAAGUGAGCAUCCAUGUCUUAAUGGCAAUGGCAGCUUUUGCAUCAAUAUUUAUGGGAAACUCUUUGGAAGGAGGGUUACUACUUGCAAUGUUUAAUCUUGCACAUAUAGCUGAAGAGUAUUUCACUGGUCGUUCAAUGGUUGAUGUUAGAGAGUUGAAGGAGAAUAAUCCAGAGUUUGCACUUGUUCUUGAUACAAAAGAUGAUAAGCUUCCUAAUACAUUUGAUUUGGCGUACAAGAGGGUUCCCGUGCAUGAUAUAACCAUAGGAUCAUAUGUGCUUGUUGGUGCUGGAGAGUCUGUGCCUGUAGAUUGUGAAGUUUUCCAAGGAGGUGCCACCAUUACCAUUGAGCACUUGACAGGGGAAGUCAAACCACUGGAGGCCAAAGUUGGAGAUAGAGUUCCUGGUGGUGCAAGGAACUUAGAUGGGAGAAUAAUUGUGAAGGUAACAAAGACAUGGAAGGAAUCAACGCUAAGCAGAAUUGUGCAGUUGACUGAAGAAGCUCAGUUGAAUAAACCUAAACUUCAAAGGUGGUUGGAUGAAUUUGGUGAACGUUACAGCAAAGUUGUUGUGGUCUUAUCAAUUGCUGUUGCUGUUCUUGGACCACUUGUAUUUAAGUGGCCAUUCAUUAGUACGCCAGCUUGCAGAGGUUCUAUUUACAGAGCUUUAGGGCUCAUGGUUGCAGCAUCACCAUGUGCCUUGGCCGUGGCUCCAUUGGCAUAUGCCAUAGCAAUCAGCUCCUGUGCAAAAAAGGGCAUUUUACUCAAAGGUGGACAUGUUUUGGAUGCGCUAGCUUCAUGCCAUACCAUUGCAUUUGAUAAAACAGGGACACUGACUACUGGUGGACUUAUAUUCAAGGCAGUUGAGCCCAUUUAUGGUCAUCAAAUUAGAAACAAGGAAUCAAACAUUUCUUCCUGCUGCAUUCCCACCUGUGAAAAGGAAGCUCUUGCUGUUGCUGCAGCUAUGGAAAAGGGCACUACUCACCCCAUUGGAAGGGCUGUUGUUGAUCAUAGUGAAGGGAAAGACCUCCCUUCUGUUUCAGUUGAAAAUUUUGAAUACUUUCCUGGUAGAGGCCUUACUGCAACUGUUAACAGCAUUGAGUCAGGAACUGAAGGUGCUAACCUAUUGAAAGCAUCCCUUGGGUCUAUAGAUUUCAUCACUUCAUUUUGUCAAUCUGAAGAUGAAUCCAAAAAGAUCAAGGAAGCUAUUAAUUCAUCUCCUUAUGGCAGUGAAUUUGUCCAUGCUGCCCUUUCAAUUAAUAAAAAGGUCACUUUGAUUCACCUGGAGGAUAGGCCUCGUCCAGGGGUUUUUGAUGUUAUUCAAGAAUUGCAAGAUGAAGCAAGUCUUCGCGUGAUGAUGUUAACUGGUGAUCAUGAAUAUAGCGCAAGGAGAGUUGCAAGUGCUGUGGGUAUCAAUGAGUUUCAUUGCAACCUAAAGCCGGAAGAUAAGCUGAGCCAUGUAAAGGAUAUCUCAAGAGAAAUGGGGGGAGGCUUAAUUAUGGUUGGUGAAGGUAUUAAUGAUGCCCCAGCACUUGCUGCGGCAACUGUUGGGAUUGUGCUUGCUCAUCGUGCUAGUGCAACUGCUAUAGCUGUUGCAGAUGUGCUGUUGCUUCGAGAAAAUAUUUCUGCAGUACCAUUUUGUAUUGCCAAAUCCCGCCAAACAACUUCACUGAUUAAGCAAAACGUGGCUCUGGCAUUGUCUAGCAUAUUUGUGGCUUCCCUUCCGUCAGUUUUGGGAUUUCUGCCAUUGUGGAUAACGGUUCUCUUACAUGAAGGUGGAACCCUGCUUGUUUGUCUAAAUUCCAUACGUGCUUUAAAUGAACCAUCCUGGUCCUGGAAGUAUGAUAUAUUACAGCUGAUCGGUGAGGUUAAAUCUAGAUUCCCUUCACUUAGGACAAAUAUAGCAGGCUCAAGCAGCAGCAUUACAACCGCAAAUUUGUGA